ACGAAGAAGAAAAUUAUUCAAUGGGCUGAUGUGAUGUUCGACCCAAACAUUCCCACCUAUGAGGAAACUUUUAUUAUUACAUCGUUUAGUUUUAUCGUCUUGUUGUCGUCUGUUGAAAUGCAGUGGUGGUAACCGUCGUGGACAUUUUCCGGCAGCUCGGACGUUGCAUGUUGUCGUCCACGUCCCCGGUGUGACCGUUAAAAGUGUGUCUUCUCGGUAAAACAACACGUUUUGUCCUCAUGUCGUUGUGGCUGAGGUCAUGUCAGCGGCGUUACCUUAACACCGUGGUGACCCGGAGAGGUCUCCAGUGUCCCACCAGAACCAGGCGGGGUAAACUCCAGUCGGACGCCGUCGUUAGAAGACGCUGCUCCACGGUCCAGGGGGAGGUGAGGGUCCGGUUUGCACCUAGUCCGACAGGCUUCUUGCACCUCGGAGGCCUCCGAACUGCUCUCUACAACUACAUCUUUGCAAAGAAGUAUGGAGGGGCAUUCAUCCUGCGACUGGAGGACACUGACCAGAGCAGACUGGUACCAGGAGCAGCAGAGUCCAUAGAGGACAUGCUGGAGUGGGCUGGUAUACCUCCAGAUGAGAGUCCUCGUCAAGGUGGGCCGGCGGGUCCAUAUCUGCAGUCGCAGAGAUUAGAUCUGUACAGUCAGACAGCCCAGCAGCUUCUUGAGAGUGGUCAAGCCUAUUACUGUUUCUGCAGCCCGCAGAGACUGGAGCUACUCAAAAAAGCAGCUUUGAGGAGCGGAGAGACUCCAAGGUAUGACAACAGGUGUCGUCAUCUUCGGGUAGACCAGGUCCAGGAGAAACUGGCUCAGGGAACAGCACAUGUGAUCAGGUUUCGUCUGGAAGAAGGUGUCGAGCCUUUUCAGGAUCUGAUCUUUGGAUGGAAUCGUCAUGAGGUGGCCCAGGUGGAGGGGGACCCUGUGGUGAUCAAAGCAGAUGGCUUUCCCACCUAUCACCUCGCCAACAUAGUAGACGAUCAUUACAUGAAGAUUAGCCAUGUUCUGCGGGGGUCCGAGUGGCUCAUCUCCACCUCCAAACAUCUCCUCAUGUACCGAGCUCUCGGAUGGACGCCACCCACCUUUGGACAUCUGCCGCUGCUGAUGAACAAAGACGGCAGCAAACUGUCUAAGAGGCAGGGGGAUAUAUUCAUCCAGAGCUUCCAGAGAGACGGGAUCCUGCCCGAGGCUCUGCUGGAUAUCACCACCAACUGCGGAUCUGGAUUCAGCACCAAUCGAAUGGGGAGGAGGAUAGAUGAGCUGAUCUCUGAGUUUAAUCCCUCAAAGAUCACAACGCACUCUGCUUUGUUAGACCUGGAAAGACUGCCAGAGUUCAACAGAAUCCACCUGCAGCAGCGUAUUGAAGAUGACGAGCGGUGCCUUCUGCUGAUAAAAGAUCUGCAGGUACAGAUCCAGCAGGCCUACACAACAGAGAUCCAGGAUGAAGAGGUCCUGCAUGAGGAUUACAUCAGGCGGGUGCUGCAUCUUCGUAAGGGUCACAUAUCCUCCCUGAAAGAGCUUGUAAGUCCUGGUUAUUCUUACUUGUGGGUUCGUCCUUCCUUCUCCAGCCAGCAGGUGACAGCAUUCACUGCAGAAGCCCAUCACAUCGCCUCACUAGUACUGAAACUGAUGGAGGAGCGAGGUGAGGAGCUGACAGUGGAUCAACUCAGUGAAGAUCUGAAGACUUUAGCUAAACAGGCUAAAGCCACAAAGUACAGAGAUGUGAUGAAGCUGCUACGUCUGGUUCUCAGCGGUCUGCAGCAAGGUCCCAGUGUAGCCGAGAUGAUGGUGUCUCUGGGGCGUGCAGAGAUCAGCCAUCGAUUCCAGAAGCUGCUGCUGCUUUCAGAGACUGGACAUCCUGUCACCUCCUGAACUGAUGUGAACCUGAAGACCAGACCUGCUGUCGAGGAAGUGGCCUGUAUGUUGAGAGUUAAAAGUUAAACCUCACAUGGACUCUGCCAAAGCUGACUGGGACUCACUGAAAAUGACCCGCACACCUCUGGUAUAAGUUAAAUAAUACUUGAAUUAUUACAAAUAUUUUAUAAAACAGUUGAAAACUGACUUUA